UUUUCGUGUUCGGCAAAGAAAUCUAGAUCCUUCGGAAGAGCCUCGUAGUAGUGCUUAAAACGAGUUGCAUCAACGCGAGUGAAGCGAAAAAGGACGAAAAGGAAUCGUGAAUCCUCGAUCGAUUGGCAGUACACAAAUCCAUUGUCGAUCGUGACGAUCUGCACAAUUGAAAAGUGGCCCGAAAAUUAGUCAUUUUAUUAAUAUAGUGCUCCCCGGGCAACGUUCGUGCGGGGCACGGCUAUGCAAUUGAAAUGAGUAACUCACGCCCAACUACUAUAAACCAAGCCGGUAUGGCGACCAGUCAGACGAACAGAUUUCGCGGUGGUCGCAAUAUGCCUUCGUGGGUGACCGGAAGCAGUGACCGGGUGGGACCUCCGCCUCCACCGCCACCAAUAAAUACCGAUCCAGAGUAUGAAGUCAUCGACGUCGUGAAUCAGCAGUAUUCCAAUGCGCCCCCUCCAGUUCCACUGAAGUCACAAGACAUUAAACGGCUCACCGUGAUGAAGUGUGAUCUGUGCGGAUCGGUCACGCCCGUCGUGCGCUGUGAGCAGUGCGAUCAGAACCUAUUCUGCGCUUCCUGCGACGAUCGCUACCACCGUCAUCCGAAACGUCAAACUCACGUCAGAAAGCCCGUUGAGCCGCCGGCGCCCAGCAUGGUUAAACCUCCGCUGCCCCCAAAAGGUGAGGCCGGAUCGAGUGGUCCGCUGCCGCCGCCGAGGAGGAAGACGCGGCCCGGAAGCUUCCAUUUUCCCAGUCCCCUGGUGGGCCGCAAGCAGGAUCAGACAAUCCCCACAACCGUCCCUCAAGGAUCGGGAGGAUCGAUGGAGCAACCGUCACAGCAGCAGAAGCCUCCUCCGCCACCGCCCAGCCCAGCUCUGUCCUUGCGCGAGAAGAUGAACUCCCUGAAACGUUUCAUCCAUCCAUCCAACCGGCCGUUGCCCGAUCCGCCGGAGAACAAAAUUCAUUCUUCCAACUCAUCGAUCGACAGUUCAUCGAAGCGAUCGCCGUCGACGCGAUCGAUGUCGACCACAAUGGAAAAGAUUCAAAACAACACGGCCGCCACGCUGGACCGGAUGACGUUGCUGCAGCAGCGCUACCGUCAGCACCAGGAAACGAUGAAAUCGGACGGCGACCGUAGUCGUCGCGCAAGCCUAACGUCCAACACCGAUCUACAGUCAUCCGCUACCGAAUCGUCAAACAGCUUCCGCAGCAAGCCAUCAUCCGCCACUUUUCAGCAUCAGCCGUACCAACAGCAGCACCACCUGAGGCAACCGUACCUACACGGAUCGCAGCAAGCGUUACCACAGACACAGCAUCAGCAGCAACAGUUGCCGUCUUGGUUGAACGUUCCACCGCCGGCACCCAGAAUGCGAUCUGGCAGUGUCGCCUCCGGCAUCAAUCUGCUUACCGUGCCGGCUUUCGGCGAUUCGGGUAAUAAUACCCCGUCUGUCUCUCCUACGCAGCACUCGGAGUUUGGCGACGCGCCCCUAAUGCCGGGGCCCCGCAGCACCUCGGUGUUCAAUCUGCAUCAACAGCAACAGCAGCCGCAACCGAACAUGUGGGGUUUCAGUCCGCUGCACCAGGCACAGUCAAUGGCACAUUUCAAUCCCAUGCAGUGGAACCAAAUGAACGCUUGGAUGGCCCGUGGGUCACAGAACGGCUCGAACAUGAGCCUGAAUCUGCCGCCCCAGCAUGGAGGCUAUCCACCGGAUCCGUUGGGCUACCCCCCGGGCUACGUCAACAACUGGGGCGGAAUGUAUCCCUAUCCGAUGGGAAUGAUGCCCAUGAUGCCAGGUGUCGUGAUGCCUCCACCGAGGUCUCGGGCAAACUCACGCUCCCGGGCCGGAUCUCCAGCGCUGAGCAGCAAGUCGCGCAAGUCCACGAUGUCGAUGCGCAACGUAAACCGUAACAGCUUCGUGGGCGAUCUGACGGACGACGAGGAUUCGGACGACGAGUUCCACCGGACACGAGGUCGCGAUCGGCGCCGCCGGGAACGGCUCAACUCGACCAGCAGCAUCGAGUUCGAGGAGCCCGAGCAGAGGCCCGAGUUUGUGCGGGCUUCGAGCGUGAAGCACUCCCGUUUCUCCCGCCGGGUCGGUGGUUCAUCGGCACGGUCACUGAUCGAUUACCCGGUGUCCCGGAAGCCGGGCCUACGGUACGAACGGGACGAGGGAAUGCGCGAACGGCUCGACAAGCUGUCCGUGUCGUCUCCGCGCCCGAAACCACCGUCCGAUUCGUUCACCAACGAGUCCGACCUCGAACCGGUGGACCCCAGGCGGGCGCCAUCGAAUCGUUCACGGUCGGGCAACGAAAGCGUAAGCUCUCCGCGGAAGCUCACCUCCGAUUCCCUGACAAACGACUCCGACGUGGACUUUGAGAGAACACGCCAGGCUAAGCUGCGGGCAGCACAGAACAACUUAUCCGCAGCUCGGCGCGUGACAUCCGACUCGCUGACGAAUGAUUCCGAACCGGAUCAGGUGCAGCGCCGAGGUCAGAAGCCUAAAGGCCAGGUGGCCUCCGUGGUGGCCCCAAGCAAGGCGAAGCCUCCAAGCUCGGAGUCUGAAGGGCACGAGAAGCAACGCCGAAAGAGUGAAACGAAGAUGGUCAGCAAGAUGGGAAGUCCCGUGCCGAAGAAGGUCCCCUCCGAUUCGCACACUCCCGACACGGACGCCGAGCAGAAACGGCGGUUCGCUACGAAGGAGCAGCGUCAGCGGAAGCACUCCAGCACCGAGUUCAUCGCCAACGAGUCGGACGAGGGGCCGAAGCCGGAACGCAAAGAAUCCGCCCGGCACCCGCAGGUCGUUAACGGGACGCUCGAGUUCCGGAACAUUUCGCCAUCGAAGUCGGCGGGCGACUCGGACGAGCAGCGACACCUGAAGACGGUCGAGAUCAAGAACAUCAUCAAUGAGAGCAGCAAGGCGGAUCUGCAUGAGCUGAGCCGCUCGGUGCUGGAGGACUCGCCGCCGCCAGCCGCGCCCGUUGCGCCCGAUUGUGAGUGGGAAUGUGAGUUCUGCACGUACGUCAACGAGGCCGGCGUAAAAAUCUGCGCCAUCUGCUGUAAGACCGCCUCCAUCUCGCUGGUUGCGGCCCGGUUGGAGCCUACCGAUGGUGACCAGCCCCGUUCGCCACCGCCGGACGUCGUGCAGGAGACGCCCCAGAUCACGGAGGGCAAGCUACAGAUUAUGCCGCCUCAGAAGUCCCCCGGUAAGCAGCUCACCGGCGAUGUGAAGAAGAAAGACGGCAACGUGGAUGACGAGGCCACCGAAACGACCUGGCAGGGCGCGGCAGAAGGUGUCGAAAUUGGGCACCAUCUUGCCAGCGAAGUCGUUCAGGUUGAGAAGAGGGUGAUCAAGCAGAAGGUUUCAACCGGGUGCGGUCCAUCGCCACCCAGGGAGGUCGUCCGUCGGGAUGAUCCGUCGGCAGUGGCUGAGGAUCGUCGUGGCAAGUCACAAACAUCCAUCGGGACUUCGCCGCCACCGCAGGACAUGUCUACGCAGACCUACGCAACGUUUGAGCAGGUUCGGGACGAGAAGGCAGAAAAAACGCCACCCGAAUCGGAGCCUCAGGCGCCAAAUACCCAUCAGGAAGAAGCGUUGGCGUCCGCGUUGUACAAGCGUUCGCAUUCGCUUGCCACGCCACAAAUGCUGCAAGUCGAAGCCCGCCCCGCUAGUCGGCACAGCAUCUCAAGCGACACUCAGAGUCUUCCACCUUCACCGCACGAGCUGAGCCCACAGCCUGGUCUGCAGAGCUCCGCUCUCCAUCAUCAGUACCAACCAAGUCAAGCACUCAAUCAGACGUCUCAUCUCGACCAAUCAUCAUCAUCGUAUCAUCAUGGUGUGCGCCAGACGGACGACACAAUGUCGUACCUGGACCAUGCCAUUAAUCAGAUCAUACAAACGGCUGCCAGCCAAACAGGUGGCACACCGGCGGGACGAUCGGCCCCUGUCGAGAACAAGUAUCGGACGUUUACGGACCUACGUCGCAUCGAUGCGGCCGGUGGCCAGGUUACUGCGCCAGCAAAGAAACCAAUGGUGACGACACACUCUAAAGCGAUGGAUGAUCAACUAGACGUGCUGGAUGAGAGUGAACAGCGGGAAUUACCGAUCGCGGCGGAACACAGUCCAGCCAAAGAAGAGCUCUCCGAAAUGGCACUUCUAUUGCGGGAAGCAAAGCUGUACCAGUUUACCGCCGAGGAGCUGCAAGCGGCGAUGAAUCAUUGCGGUGAAAAGCAUCCCGUCCAGUGGCUGCGAGACAACUGGAGCAAGCUGAUCGAAACCGUGCAGACGCUGGCCACCAAGUACGGGCACGAGAAGCGGGAGAACACCAUUGGCACCAUUUCGAUCACGGAGGCGCGCGAGGCACUGCGGCUGCACAAGGGCAACAUCUGGCGCGCCAUUACCGAGUGUAUCGAGCAGCGGCAACGGAAGUACCGCGACAUCGCCGCGAAGGGAAACUUUACGCGCGAGGACAUCGUGACGAGCCUGACGGCACAUCACGGCAACCUCGAGCUGGCCCUGUUGGAGCUGAGCAAAACGCAGCUCAAGCCGUUUCUGAUGCGCAUCUGGGGCCCCCCGAAUGGGGCCGACAAUGACAGCAGCAACCUGCUGCUGCAGCAAGCGCUCCAGGAGGAUCGUAGUGGAAUCAGCAACGAUAUUGAACAGUUCAUAAGUGCACAUGUCGAACGGGAGCUUCUCGGCGAUGGAUCAACGGAACCGAAGCCUUCGGACCCACAGCCAGAGCAUGUCGAAAUGGCACCCGAGGCACCCGAGAGUAUUGUUGAGCCGGAAUCGGAGGAACCGGCCGAGAUUGUUGAACCACCGCCGCAGGAACAGCUGCCCGCGCAACCGGAAGAGGUAUGUGAAGAGCAGACAGUGACAACGUCCAACACCGAGAUACUGAAGGAUAUCGAGGCACUCAUUCUGCAAAUGGAGCGCAACCAGGAGACUCCCAAUGUACCGGUGCUGCGCAACAUACAGCAGCUACUGACGCAGCUCGCCGAGCCUCGAUCGCGCUCCAACUCCGUGGCGUCAGUCCGUUCGCAGGCAAGUGAUCGUAUCAUCAGCAAAAGCCCCAUUCCCACGGUGCGCAAUGCGAGAACAUCCUCCCAACACUCGCACGACGACGAUCCGACCCGCUCCAUCGAGGACGACGUACGGGACUUUGUGGAGGAAAACAUUCAGGACAUCCUGCCGAACCUGGUGCAUCAGGUGCGGCAGGAGCUGCAAUCGGUGCGACAGGAACUAAGACCGGUGACGGCUCGCUCACUAGAAGACGACAUACGGGAGACGCUACUGAAGGCAGACUACACGGACGACGACUAUGGUCACGUUCAUGAGUUUCCACUCGACCUAAAAUUUCACGAAUCAUUGGCAACCUUUCCGGAGCGUCAUGUAGCGUUGGCCACCAUUCGGCAGAAUCACACGCAGUCCGACGAGGGUGAUGGCGAGUAUGCUAACAUUCAACAGUUUCUGCACCGAGCGAUCCGCAAUGAAAAGGCAACGACGGUGUUUGAUCAGUGCAAGCGCAGCCAUUAUCAGAUCGAUAGCAGCUCUGACGAGGCACGGCAGACGGCCGAAUCAACCGACUAUUACGAUCUCGUUUCUAUCAACCAGAAACUGAUGCAUCUGUUCAACAAACCAUCGCCGGCGGUACGGGAGAAGGUCCCAUUCGCCGCCGUGCAGCUGGCCGAGCAAACUAGUGGAGAGAAAGAAGCGCCUCAGGAAAAAGAAUCACCCAAGUUUGAUAAGCCGCCACCAACGACUCCAGAGCACCUUGCUCCAGUGGAGGUCACGGUCGAGAGGAAGGGUAUGAAGAAACGGCGGGGAUCACGUAUCCCUGUCAACAAAAACAACUACCUCUGUCGGCGUCCGGUGAAGAGCUCGUCGGAGAGUGAUUUUGAAGCACUGGGACAGAACAACAAACCACUACCACUGCCAGCGAUCGCAAUAGAUCAUGUGGAAGAGUUGCGUCAUGUUGUGGAAAAUAUAGAGCGCAUUGAACAGUCGAUGGAAGCUGCCGUAGAUUCAGCGAUGGUUCCGAUCGACGUUGAUCAAACUGAAGAACCGAUUUACAGCAAUGUGGCCCCAGCUCCGAUCCCAGCUGUGGAAGAGGAUCCAAAACAAACGAUACUACAACCAUCGGAAUCUUCUGUGCCUUCUCCUGAGUUGGCGUCGGAGCAACUGGCGGUAUCGGAGGAACCUGUUGCACCCGAGAGUAAUGUUGCCGAAGUAUUAGAAGCAGCGCAAAACACAUCCCUUCCUCCAGCGAACACCAUAGACAUGCCACUUGAAGCAACGACAAGCAAACCAAAGGUAGAGGCAACGGAUGAACCACAAAAUGCUACCUCUGCAGUGGCGGCAAGCGAUGAAGUUGACGAGGACCUGGUGCAUAAUUCCAAGCUGGCGAACAAUCUCUCGGAGCUGGUGCUGGACACGAAGCGACUUAUCCAACAGAUGAAGGACGAGAUCAACUCGGACAUUGCCACCUUCGACGAGGAAGAUGCCGCCUAUGAUGGGGAGUACUACGAGGACGAAUUCGAGGACGAGUGGGAAGGCGAAGAGGAAGAAGAAGAAGAGGAAUGGGAUUCGAACGAAGAAUACGAUGUCGAUGAGAACGGGGACUUCUACGAGUAUGAAGACGACGACGACGAUGGCUCGGUGAUGUUCUCAGAAAUGACCAUCAUCGAUUCGGCUAACGGUAAACCCAGCAACGAGGAACCACCGCAAGAAGAAGAAAUGCUAGUACCGGAGCCAAAGCUAGAACUGCCGAAGAUAAACGUGGACGCUGUGCGGGAGAACGAACGAAACAGCGCAUCGGAGGUGAGCGAUUUGCCGCUGGACAGUGACUUCAACGAUGCCCUCAGCGUCAUCGAACAGUCGGUGGGAGAAAUGCGAAGUAUGCUUCGGCUGACGGAAGAAGCUCUGGGGCCUCUCGACUUCGUUGCACCAUUGCAACACGCGUCGAGCGUAGAGACGCUUAGGAAUAGUCCGGAACAGAGCGAGAUCAGCGAAGCGACGCUCGUUCCGGAGCUUCUCAAAACGACUGCAGACGAAUCGAGCGAGCAGACACUGGUGGCAGAAGACAAUCUGCAAAUGACCAUGAAAGACGUACAGACACUGAUCAAUGCCAAAGCUGUGAUAGGUGGAUUUUUGAAGAAUGUGCAAAAAAUUGAACAAGCCGCGAGUGAGCUAGACAACAGCACGGUGGACAUCGUGGAACAAGAAGGUGCUGCUGCCGUGAUCUACGACUCGGUCAGAACCACGUCCACCGAAACGACGGAAAACAAGCAAUCGUCGGUGAUCGAGAGGACAGUGGUAGAACACCAAAGUGACCCAAAGGACACCUCGGAGGUGGACAGGCAUCCUCCAACCUCGCCACAAGAGAACUCGAUAUUGAAUAGGGACAACGCAACGGAUGAGAAGCCCAAGGUUGAACAUAACGGAAUUGCUCCAAGUUCUAUAGAUAGCGAACCAUUGGUGAUUCCUAUUCCUGAACAAGAAGCCACGAGCGCUAUUCAGACGAAUACUCAAAUUGGUCCUUUCACAACUCCAGCCACAUUCACUAACGAUCAAAUAGCGCAAGUUGGAGUCAACGGUGAAAACACGGCCCAAACGGAGGUAAUACCUCAAGCCAUCGGUACGUUUCAUGAUAGUGUUCUUUCGAAGAUAGAAGCCAACGAACAACCUUCGAUGAAUUCGGAAGCAACUACAAGCAAUUUGGUAACACUGCCACAUAAAAAUGGCCUUUCUCACGACACAACACCUUUUCUGGAAAGCACUAUCGAACCCAAAGUUUCCAAUAACAUAGUGUUACUCACAAACGGUGCAGUUGAAACAUUGGCAAUGGGCGCCAAAGCUCCGAUGAAUAACGCAGAAAAGCUUACUUCAUCUAAUAUUCCGGAGUAUGAAAAUGUUAUCGUUUUGGAGAAUGUUUCUCUUGAUAAUAGUGUUGACAUCCCGCUAUACGCUUCGGUCAACAAAAAAUCCACUAACCUAGAGUUGAUCGAUACACAUACUCUAGGUCAAGUAGAAACUAUUGCAUCGGAAGCUGAAGGAGUGCCCGUAGAUUUUAAUGUCGUUAAAAAAGGGGAAGUUGCCGAAAAUGGUUCAGCAAAGGAAUCAGAGACAAUAAACCAUGAUCAAGAUAAGUUUCCGAAACAGGAUGCGAUAGGGAUUGGAUCUUCAAGUGUUGAUACUCUUAUCAAUGCGAUCAGCGCCACAAAUACAGUGGAAACCGUCAACGAACAACAAGUUGCCCAGCCAAGUAAUACGGACACCCCUGCGACGGAAGAAAUCAGAAACCAUGAUAAUCAUGCGUUAACGUUGCCUGACCAUGUUGUUAAUGAAAUCAUUGACGAAAAACGUACAAUAGAAACGUCCGACGCGGUAAAGACUUCUACAGAGGAUGGCAUACAAACUACAAUUUCUAUUCAGGAUAUUCCUCCCGGCGCACAGGAACCGAAGACGGAGCCACUUGGUCAAAAUUCAAACGGUCAUAGCAUCAAAACAUCCAUCAAAGAACCCAUUGCUUCCAAUGACAGUAUCGCUGCAGUGGAGUCCGCACCAACAAAACCCAUCACAACUCAUUUUGUUAACGGCCAUGUUCCGGACAGUGUUCACGGUUCUCCUAAAUCACGCGCCUCGUCCGAGGAACCGUCAUCCAGUUUCAUAGAAGUUAACCCGUCAGAGGUCGUUGUCCACGGUCCUCAAGCGGAUAAUACUCACCCUUCAGCUCCACCGCGUACGAUAAACAUUUACCAAAACGUAGAACUUCAACCCUCCACCAACAUUACCAACGCCACUAGUAACCCUGCACCUAGCGCCCGGUCCAAGACCAGCUCGAAACUAACCGUAAAGCUUCCCACCGCUACCCCUUCACAGUCGGAGGAAGGUGGUUCACCGUCAACGCCACCGACUCCCACUGGCCUGAAGGUAGGCAGCAAAGGCUCCGCUUCCAAAACUAAAACCGACACCAAAAAGAAGUCCACCACUGCCUCCGCCUCGACCGAGUCCACUGGCCGCAAGCCAACGAUUGUGCGCAAGAAGUCCGUCGGUGGCCCCUUCGGGCCGGUGCAAACGAACACGGUCAAGAACAUGCAAAAGGAGUUCCUGAGCAAGGCGAGAGAAUCACCGAAACCGAGCACGUCCAAGGUGUCACCCAAGCCGGCCAAGUUGGUGCAACCCAAGGUGUUUACCAACCGACCGGCGGCCAACCUGCCACCCGGCAGCAGCAAAGCAUCUACGCCGGGCACGGACACCAGCUCAGCACGAUCGACCCCCGGGCUGGGCGCGGACACCGCCGAACCCGUUCCGGGGCCGUCGCGUGACACCACGUACACCUGCGAGAAGAUGCUGAAAAAGAAGUACCGCGAGACGUGCUUCAGCGACGACUACCAGACCACGGAUGAUGAGGAUGAGAGCCGGAUGACGAUCACCGAGAGUGAGCGCACCAUUAUCAAAAGUCUGGUGAAACCGUUCGAACCGAACAGUGAGCCGCCCGAAGUGCAAGCCAAACAGUUAUUCGAUGACGGUCUGGUACAAACCAUUGAGCAGGCCGAACUGGCGGUUCAACUGAUCGAGCUGCGCUACGCCAAGGAUAACGCCAUCUGGGCGGCCACGCAGUGUCACACGGUCGACGAAGCGAAGGAUCUGCUGCAGAAGGAAUGCGAACUGUGUUUGGGACAGUUCCCGAUGAACGAAAUAGUGUCCAUGCUCAAGUGCACCCACACCUGUUGCUUCGAGUGUGCCAAGGAGUACUUUACGCAGGAGAUCACCAGUCGCUCCAUCACAAACUGUAACUGCCCGUACUGCAAGGAGCCCGACCUGAACGGCCCGAACGUAACGGAGGACGAUGUACUGGAGUACUUUUCGAAUCUGGACAUUCUAUUGAAGAACAUAGUCGACGAAGAGGUUCACGAUCUGUUUCAGCGCAAGAUCCGCGACCGUACGCUGACGCAGGAUCCGCACUUUAAGUGGUGCGUCCACUGCUCUAGCGGGUUUUUCGCGCGACCCAAGCAGCGACGAUUGAUUUGCCCGGACUGUGGGUCGAUCACCUGCGCCUCUUGUCGGAAACCGUGGGAAACACAGCACGAGGGUCUUAGCUGUGACAAAUUUGCCGAAUGGAAGGAAGCCAACGAUCCAGAGCUGCAGGCUGAAGGUGUCCAGCGGCAUCUGCAAACGCACGGAAUCAGCUGUCCGAACUGCAAAUUCCGCUAUUCGUUAGCCCGUGGUGGUUGCAUGCACUUCACUUGUACCCAGUGCAAGUUUGAGUUCUGCUACGGUUGUAACAAACCGUUCAUGAUGGGAGCCAAGUGUAGCGUGUCGGCGUAUUGCGCCAAACUGGGGCUGCAUGCGCAUCACCCACGGAACUGUCUCUUCUACCUUCGGGACAAGGAGCCACGCGAUCUACAAAACUUACUGCUGAUGAACAAUGUUUCGUUCGAUACUGAACCCUCGGAGCUGAUGAAGCAAGAGCUUAUCAAUGGACAGAGCUCCGCUCUGAAAUGUCCCAUUCCACUGCAAAAAGAAACACCAGCUGGCCUAAUGGACAUGAUCUGUAGUGCGGAGGUGCCAGAAAACCACGCAGGACUAUGCAGGGCUCACUACAUAGAGUACCUUAGUUUUCUGGUGAACACAAAUGACAUUGACCCGAUGGACCUCCUCAGUCCGGACGAUCUUGAGUCGCUCAUACGGCGCGCCAAUAAGCGCAUGCCUCCGCGCCCUUUCGGCAUCGUGGAUGGCAUCUAUCGCGAAUACUUGCUCCAGGAGGGGUGUCCCGAGCAUGGCGUUCACUAA